GUACUAUACCUGUUUAGGCUCUACGGUUUCAAAAUGGCGAAAUACAUGUCGCUUUGUUACUGAAACUUUGGAUGAUUUAUUUUCUAAACGAGAGCCAAACUAAAACAACGACGUUGCAUCAAAUAUUAGAGAAGAAUGUACUAGAUUGUUAGAUCAUAGACUGGGUCCACUCAAUAUUUGACAAGCACAGAAGCUUCAGCUGAUAUUAAUCUCCCACUGGUGAACAAUACUAUGCCUCGUUACGGGGCGAAAACCUACGGGCGAAGUGUCCGUAAAGACGGCAACGACCACUUUGAUGAUUUAUGGAACAAGAGUAAAGACAGCGCGCGACCUGUAACCCGUCUCUCCCCAGCCAAGCGGUCGGCUAAUAACCAAGUGCAAACCACUUCUCGACAGACCAGAUCCUCUCCCUCCAAGCCUUUAAGAAUGGCCAGCUCUGAGAGUUCCAGGCCUACGCGACAGAACACUGUCUUGAAAGAAGAUGUUAAAGGUGUUAUAAAUCCAAAGAGGAGAAGAAGGGCAAGUAGCACUGAUGAUCCAUUCAGUUUUAGCAGUGAAGAUGACAAGUCACCCAUGAAAAGAGCCACCACAGACAAGAACAAUUCUAGUGAAGCUAGUAACUCUCGGCAGUCUAGGGCAUCACUACACUUUGACAAUGUUAUUGAAUCAAGGAACAGUUCCAAAGUACCAUCUAGGAGUGCCAAUACAACACGGAAUAGUGCAAAGUCAAAAAUUAAAUCUCCAAGCAACCAAACCUUGAUGACACAGUUUGCACACAAUUCUACGUAUAGUGACUCAUCUAGUGAGAGAAAGGAUGACACCGAUGUUGAAAUGGAUAUUAUGGAUGACAUUCUGAGUAGCCAGAAUGGGUCUGAUGUCUCAAGUUCACAAACAAGUGUAGUGUCAAUGUCAGGAAGCCAGUGUUCAACGUCAUCUGCGAUGAAUUCCCGUCAGGGUAGGAGGACGACGGGUAAACUUGAAACUGUUGCAGAGUCCACAAGCACUAAUAGUUCCUCUUCUCAAUUAUCAGGUAGUGCCUCCUCAAUAAGGGGCAGUACUAGAGCAACAAACAGUGCUAGCCAAUCAUCUAACAAAAACCUAAGAACUAUUCCCUCAGGUUCUAGUCAGGACUCUGUGAUGAAGAGUGAUGCUGAUGAUGAUUCUGAUGACUCUGAAGUUAUUAUUGUUUCAAGUACUAGUAGGAGUAGCAGCUCCCAAGGUAGUAGUCAGUCAUCGAGUUCAUCUGGGACGUCAAAGUCGUCAACUUCAAAGCCUAGUCUGAAGACUUCUAAAUCUGUACCUCCUGCCAAGCCUGCGAAGUCAACGGCUUAUGAUGAAUUUGAUUUCUCAGAAGAUGAUGAUGUGACAGACACUCCUGCACUGAGGAAGGUGAAGUCUGCUAGUGCUGUGGACAAUGCCAAGAAGAUCUUCAACAGUCCAAAGAAGUCUCCUGCCAAGGCAAAAUACAAUGCAAGAUCGUGGAAUAAACCUGAUAUUCCUGAAGAGGUAAGUGACUUUUAUGAAGUUAAAACUAUAUUUGACUUUCCUUGAGGGGAAUACCCAAUAAAGAUGUCUCAUAUUGCCCCGAGUAAUAACAAGAGCAAUAUGGAUAUAGUGAGCGAAAUAUAUUUGCUAUCUCCCUCAAUGUCAAAGUUAAUGUUAUUCAUGUAUUACUACCUCGAGCUGUAAAUUGUGUUAAUUUGAGCAUUUAUUUGUAGAAAUUCAUAUGCUUACGUAUUUGCCUGUGUACCCGUUGAUAAUUCUGAUUUCAGGUGAUUCUUGUAUACAGGAGGAAUGUAAUCUGGACUUCAUGUAAUUAAUUGUGACAUGAAUAUUGUUACUGCACAUAAUUUCAUGUAACCUGUUUUUGUAUAGUAAGAAAGUUGUGACAUUUUCAAAUUUGCUUAUUGGAAAAAAAAGGGAUAUGCGCAUCAUAUGUGAUGCAAACGCUAUUUUAUUCAUGAGUCCACCAUUUUGAAUUAAUGAGUCCACUCUUCAAACACAAAACAGUGGACUCAUGAAUGAAAUAGCGUACUUAACCAUAGCAACAGGCGUCUAUUUGGCGCACUGACAAAAGGGCACAUCAGCAUUGGACAUUUAUUUAUAUAUGCAGUAUUAAAUAAGUGUAAUUUAUACAGGAAAUCUGCAAAAAUCAUGGGUUCAACCGAACCGAUGGUUUUAGAAACCACCUUUAUGAAUUCGGGCCCAAGUGUUUCUUGUGUAUUACAAUGUAUUUUCUGAUUUCAUUUUUUUCAUGGAUUAUUAAACUUAAGAAGUAACUCAAUAUCAAAUUUAAUUUUGAUUUGAGUAAGACUAUAUAGCUGUUCGGAAUUUUCAAACAAAUCUGUGUAUGUUCAGCAGGUUAAUUAUUCUGACCAAUACUUUAGUCACUUCUGUCCUUGCCUUUGUUUAAAUUCAUAUCAAUGAGAGUGGAAUUACAAAUAGAAGUGCAGUCAUUUUAAUUUUUUUUAAAACAAACCUGCCAAAUAUCAGUUCACUUUGAAUCACUAUGCCAUAAUGAUAUUCACUCACUUUCAUUCAUGCAAAGGGGCUGGAUUUAGGCGGAUGCAGUGGUGUGAAUGCUCUGGGGAUUUCCCCCAAAUAGUAGGGAUUUUUUAAAGGUAAAGUAUUGUUUGAAAGAGCAUGGAAAAUCUCUGUCCCUACUUUAUAGCAGGUAUUAUUGACAACGAGAGAAAGGUUUAUAUCGAUAAUCGCUAAGUGGCAAAAACGUGAGAUUAUCGAAAGGACUAGCGAUAAAGAGGUUACCGAUAACAGCACUACAUUUCGCGCGUACAAAGACUAAUUAAUUAUAAAGAGUCAUGACCCUAUGGGCUGAAGUGAACAACAAAACUGUAAAAACUGUUAGUGAUAAUUGAUGGGGAAAACUUCCCUUUAUCCCCUGAUUGGCUUUGACCAAUCCUACAUUUAGGCCUACAUGUAGCAAGGUUCUUUAGUGCGGAACAUUUAUGAAAAUUAUGAGAUGUGCUGUACAUGAAGAUACAGUAGGCCUACAGUUAGUUUAGGACUCUGGGGACAACAUGCAUGUACUUUACAUGUAGAAAAAAAAUAGUGAUUGGUGCACUUUGAUUUUUUUUCAUUUUAAUGUGGUACAAUUCUCUAGCAUAAGAAUUGGCCAAUGGUCUAACACUUUAACUUAACAAGCGAUCAAACUCAUGGCGUUAACAACAUCUGGAUUUUAACAUUGUUUGACACAACACUGUUUGAUUUAUGUAUUGUUUACAUGUUCUGACUCCUGCUGUAGAUCUCCAAUGUGUGUGUGUGUCCAUUUGUUGCCGUACAAGUUUUACAUAUAUCCACAUGUGGGUACAGUUCUAUGAGGCGCCGAUUGUACCAAUAUUAUAUAGAACAAUUAUUUGUUAUAUAAUCAUUAUUUAUUAAAUAAUAACUAUUAUUUAUAUAUAAUUUACAUUUUAUUUGUAAAUAAUUACUAUUAUAUAAAACAACAUUUCUAAUUAUUUAUAUAUAAUUCCAAGUAAUACUUCAUUAUUUGUAAAUAAUAAUAGUUCGACAUUCCAUUAUUUAUAAAUAAUGAAUAUUUGUUUUUCAUUAUUUAUAAAUAAUGAUUAUGUGUUUUUCAUUAUUUAUAAAUAAUGAUUAUUUGUUUUUCAUUAUUUAUAAAUAUUGAUUAUGUGUUUUUCAUUAUUUAUAAAUAAUGAUUAUUUGUCUUUUAUUAUUUAUGAACAAUGAUUUUUCGUUUUUCAUUAUUUAUAAAUAAUGACACUACAUACUUCAUUAUUUAUAAAUACCGUAAGUAACGGUGUAUUAACUAAGCCUGAGUCGAAUCGAUUUUAAAAUCGGUGUUCGAUCGAUGUCAUCGAGCGCCGGUGCAGAUUUUGCAAAAUCGGUGCAUCG